UAUCACUCACACACACACACACAUAUAUAUAAUAUACAUACAUAUACAUGUGUACCCCCCCCCCCACCCCCAAAUAUUUGUUGUCAAAAUCUAUCGAUUUCAAAAGUCGUUUUCUCUUUGUUGCUUCUCAUUCAUUCAUUUUCUCCCCCAUAACGUCUUGUAAAAAAGUUUUAAGUCCUUUUUUAGGGCUUCCCAAUUAUUGUCUUCAAUUUUGUUCAUAUACCUAAUUCCCCUACCUUCAUAGUCUGAUCAUUUCAAGCUUUCGAACAGAAAAAAACGAUUAGUACAUAUAUCUCUCUUUUCUCUCUCUUUAUACGAAAAUUCAUUGAAUACUGAAACUCACAAAAGGCACAGCCUAGAAUUCCAAUUGCAUUAUUUGUCUGUUCCAUCAUAGCUGCUCUAUCCCAUUUGAUUUGACGGCUAUCGUUUGGUUGGGAACUAGUUAUCCCUAAAUAAUAUGUUUUCCUGAGCAUCAUUUUCUGUCUACUCACUCACCAAUGGAAGAUCAUCAAAAGGAGCUACAUUUUCUGUCUACUCACCAAAACGCACCAAAUUCUUCCUCGUGGCCAUCAGAUUCCUCCGGUAACAUAAUCCGAUCAUCGGAAUCAAUCGAACCUCCUUCGUUAGACCUACAACUCUCCAUCAGCGUACGACGACCAAUAAAACCAUCAUCAACUCACAAUCAAGGUAUAUUAAUUCGACCUGCAUCUCUAAACCACGAUCACAAUCAGUACAGCACCGAUGUCCGGUUCGACUCGGGGUACGUUGAAGCCCUUAAAUGGCAAGCCGCGGAGCAAAUACGGCUCGCAGCCAUUGAAAAAGCUUACGCGGAACGUGUGAGGGAGCUUACAAGAAGAGAAAUAGAGCUGGCUCAGUCGGAAUUCGCACGUGCGAGGAGUAUGUGGGAAAGGGCAAAAGAGGAAGUUGAAAGAGCAGAAAAGUUGAAAGAAAGAGCAACUCGUAGGAUUGAUCCUACGUGCAUGGAAGUUACUUGCCAAUCUUGCAGUCAAAAAUUUCGACCUCAUUAAAAUUUUAUUAUUAUUAUUAUUGAGGGGGAAAAAUAAAAAUAAGAUGUUAUUUCUUUUUGAUGUGAAAAAACUUAUUAAUAAUUUGAUGUAUGAUUUAUAAUUCUUUUGUUUUCUCUUCUUUCCAUAGGAUGACCAAUUAAUAUUAUGAAGUUAUGUAGUAGCGUAUAUUAUAUCUUUGGUUAAUCUAGCAGAAUUUGAUA